CAAUGAAUAGCAUUAAAGUAGAUCUGUUAAAUCGAUUAGUUACUUCUUCUAGCUGCAGUGUAGCUUCUAUAGUUCGUCGUUGUGUUCGUGAAGGUGUCACCGGGAGAGAUGAGCUCCGACAGAUUGCCGCCGUUGUAUUCCGUCACAUUGACAAUCUGGGAGCAAAUGACAUCGUAAGCAUUUUAUCAAGCUUAUCAAAAGCACGUUAUCGCAAUUUCCACUUAUUUUCUGCAUUGGUUGAUAAACUGGAGCAGUAUCCAUCAUUACCACUAACAGAAUCACGGUCAAUCUUGGUAUUCUUUUCCAAGAUACACUUCACUAAUAGCACACUAGUCACUCGUUGCGCUACUGUAGUGCGUGAAAAUAUAGACCAUUUGCGGCCGCAAGAUGUAUGCGAUAUUUUACAUGCGUUGACAAGGUUGCGCUACCACGAUAAUGAGCUGAUACAAGCCUUAAUCACGAGGGGAAUAUGCAACAUAAAAUCAGUGGACGCUAUAUCACUCAUCAACUUUGCUACUGGAUGUUCGAAGUCGGAAGUGAAUGACAAGACUAUACACGAGAUCUGCCGUGAGUUGCAGGAACGCGCCACUAGUUUUGGACCAUUCGAAUUAUUGAGGGCUCUCAUCGUUUUAUCACGCUUUAGGAUAGAUCCAGAUAUCAAGGAAGCGGGCAAAGUGAUCGUCAAAUGCAUCAAAUAUUCACAACUGACAUUAUUGCAACUCACCGUAUGUCUUGAGGCCAUGAAUGCUCUUGGAUUCGAAGAUAAAGAUGAUGUCGUUACCGCCUUGAAGAGAAAGCGUGAUUCAUAUCCUACUGUAUCUUCUGAGCUCUCUGCUAGAAUAGAUGCCGCAUUAGAUGGAAAAACGCAGAACGCCACGCUUACCAGCAAUUGAACAUCAUUUUAAUCACAUCC